AUGAGAGUAACCAGUAUUCUUACACAGUCGAAUCAGGGAAUAAAUAAUCAAAAUAACCAACCUCUUCAACGAAGAAAAACCGCAGUUUUACCAAAACGUUCUUGGGUACAAAGGAAUCCUCGCUUGUUUUCCAUAAUAUUUAUAACAACAUCACUGCUUACAUUUUUUUCAAAACCAAUUUACGAUAGCUUCAUAGUGCAGCAAUUACCACCUCCACCACAAUCGUUAACAAAUAGAUAUUAUAAGAAAUAA